AUGUGUUUACCCGGUAUAACUGAGAUUCCAAACAAACGGGACAAACUUUGUGCAGUGACUAAAAGGAAUAAUGAAAAGCGCAAGGAGAAAUCGCGCGUGGCAGCGCGAUGCAGGCGCACCAAAGAGAUGCAGAUUUUUGCUGAGCUGACAGCGGCACUGCCAGCGAAGAAAGAGGAAGUGGAACAACUAGACAAGGCAUCUGUUAUGCGUCUAGCAAUCUCUUACCUGCGCGUGCGCGAUGUUGUUUCAAUGCUUCCCGAAGACAAAGAAGCGCCAAAACUGCAAAGCCCAAAAGGCUUGGAAGAAAUCCAGUCUGAGCUUUCGUAUAUGAAGGCUUUGGAUGGCUUCGUUUUAGUAUUGUCUCAACAAGGCGAUAUCGUCUACUGCAGUGAAAAUAUCGCUGAACAUCUUGGAGUCUCACAGAUGGAGAUUAUGGGGCAGAGCGUGUUCGAGUUCAGUCACCCCUGUGAUCACGAUGAGAUACGUGAAGCAUUACGCCCAGGGAAAGACGGGAAACGAGACUUACUUUUACGCCUUAAAUGCACGCUGACCAGCAAAGGAAGAAAUGUGCAUUUAAAAUCUGCUUCUUACAAGGUGAUUCACGUUACCGGUCAUAUGCUGAAUUCUGAAGAGAACAACAAAGAGCAAGAGCAGAUAGUAGACUCUGAAGAUGAAAAGAAGGAAAGUGAAAUCAAAAAAUACACAAAAUCCGGUGCUCUUGUGGCUGUAGGCAGACCAAUUCCACAUCCUUCUAAUAUCGAAAUACCGUUAAAUAGCAUGACGUUUCUGACUAAACAUAACUUGGAUAUGAAAUUCACUUACUCCGAUGAAUGCCUAAUGAACAGCUUAGGGUACGAUGCGGAAGAGUUGGCCGGUCGUUCACUAUACGACUACCACCAUGCUGCAGACAGUGCUGCUUUGGCUCAACAGUUCAAAUCAUUGUUCUCAAAAGGACAAUGCGAGACAGGACAAUACCGUUUCCUCGCCAAGAGUGGCGGCUACGCCUGGGUGCAAACCCAAGCCACAGUCAUCACAGACAAGCAACAAAAACCAAUAAGCGUCAUCUGCGUAAAUUACGUCAUCAGCGGUAUCGAGUGCAAAGAUGAAGUGUUUGCUGCACACCAAGUGCAGCACGCAGACUUAAAGCCAGUGGUGGCAUCGACUGCGCCACUGCCUCCACAAAUCAUUGUGUCUUCUGAACCCGCCAACGGGGCUAUAGUGGAAGCUAUUAUCCCAGAGGAACGUCCUAUACCUGUUACAGAACUGAUAUUUGCACCCAGAAAGAAAGAAAUGAACAAAGGAUUUCUGAUGUUUUCUCCACACGAGGGACUAACAAUGCUUAAAGACGAGCCGGAAGAUCUGACUCAUUUGGCACCUACCGCCGGUGAUGCUUGUAUACCACUGGAAAACAGUCCUUUUGAUAUGUUUGAUGAUUUUAUACUGAGUGAUAACUACUGUAGCUUACUUGGUGAUGAAUUGGAUAAUGGAUCUCCCGUGGACUCUUUGAUCGGAGACUCCUUGUUGUCUUCUCCUGAGCCGCAGGAAACUGAAUCAUCAUGUGAACAGUCUUCCCUCUUGACAGAACUGUCAUUAGAUGCAUUUAGUAAUAGAUCAGAUAAUGAGAUAGAUGAUGGAAACUCUCCAUUUAUCCCCACUACCGAUGAGCUUCCGCUCUUGGAGCCGGCCGUCAUGUGGGGAGCACUGCCUGACAAUGUAAGCCAGGCGAGGCCACAGCCUUCAGAGCUACAGAGUUCGGCACCGGCACUGCAACGUUUACUUGCGGCUCCCCCGACUGGCCCGCCACCACAAGAUCUCAUUACUAAUAUUUACUCAGACCAAGGUCUUAUUCCCAGCAGAAGUGUAUCCUCAUGGGAUACGGGUGUGAAACGAGUGUUGAAGCAAGAUGAAGAGCCAACUGCGAAGCGCGUGAAACGCAGUCCAUCCCCAACAAUUAGCACACAGUCCGCCCCCGUUAGUACGCCAUCCUCAAGCGUCUUAAUGAACCUUCUGGAUAUGCAGCCGGAAGGGAAGCAAAUGCAAAAGCCGAGUCCUAACUACCAGCUUGUCAUGAACACACAAAGAGUGGAGUCCCUGAGCCCUGUGAACAGAAAUAUCCCGAUACCCGUCAUAAACAUCAUUCAAUCCACACCGAAUAAACAAAUGAUGCGUGCCAACCCAAUACCAAGCCAAACUACGCUUUCUGUUGCCAGCCCGAUGUCCCCCCUUACUUUGAAUGUAGGCAGCCCUAUGUAUUCUCCAUGUGUAAGCCCCAACACCACAUACAGCCCUGCAAUCAGCCCCACACCAAAAGACCGUGUUUUAAGCCCCUACUCCACUCCUCAAUCUCUGUCACCGGCUGGCAGUUAUCAAAUGUAUAGCCCCAACAGGCUUCUCUCACCAACUGGCGUAAUGCAGGGCUACGACCCGUAUCUCACAAAUAAAAUGCAAUCGAGCCCCGGAUUCGCACUCCAGUCCACAGACAUGCUCCUCGAUUCUAACAUACCGUUGACAUCGACAGACUUUUGGCCCGACUCGGAAAUGUUACAAGGCACCAGCGAGUUGCUAACCGCCUUCGACGACGUAAAGCUAGUA